AAAUUAAAAUAUAAAAGCUAGGCAUUCUCUGUCAGAAUGCUUACUUAGAAUCUUGUUUUCGUCAGGGUACAAUUAAAGUUUAAAACAACAAUGAAGUUCUUAUUAUCAAUCUUGGUAGCAUUUUUGAUGAUAGUUGCUUAUUUUGACACUUGCUCAGCAGUUACUGAGCCAGUUUGUGGUUAUGUCAACACUGAAGGAAAAAUGAUCUUCCUCAAGUACUUCCCAGGAAUUAAUGAAGGCCAAGACUAUUCAGAAGUUGGGGCUGAUGGUAAAUGCACAAAAGUAACAUGUCAAUCGGAUUAUACUCUUAAGACUGAGGAGUGUUAAUUAAACGUUCAUAAGUUGAGGAAAUUUGACUUUUUAUUAAUAAAAUUCUAUUGAAUAAAAAAUAAUUUAUGUCAUUUUUUGACGUAACUAUCGUU